CCAACCUGCCCCUCCCCCACCCACAUUGAUGAUUAGCACCUUCACGAUAUAUAACCAAGUGGAAGAUAGUAGGUUUUUUAGGAAUUAGACUUGUGACAGGAAAUGGUGUCUGAUGCCCAUCCAGAAGGUUCGCGCAAUGUAGCUCGUGUGGGCGGUAGACGCCGUUGGGGUCGCGUCCGAUCUAUCUUCCGCACCGGACGCCUGGCAGUAACUGGGAUUUUCUCUCGCCAUCCGCAAAAGCCCUUAGUUGCAAGACGCGAAAAUGGGGCACUCUCAUCAGUCAAUGAAAAGAGCGUCGCGGAAAACGGACAGCGCAUCACUCGACCGACUGUUUCCGACAGUCAACCCGUUCCUUCAACCACCCCGAGCCCUACAUGUCCUUCGAGACAACAACCCCGACCUGGAUCCACGAGCUAUCCGAAUAGUCAGAGAAAGGAUUAUGAUGACCGUCAAAAUGAUGGCACGGCGGUCACGAUACCUAUGCCUGCUUCCAUGCCAUGUCCACCUCCCACGAUAGCUCGACCGGCCAUCCGCCCUGCGCAAACGAACCCCUUCACCCAUCGUGGCUUUCUUGUCUCAUCAGACUCUACCGAAAGCGACGACCACCCAGUCGAAGCCAGGAUUGCGCUAGAUACGCAAGCUCAAGUGAAUGUCAUGCGUGUCGGCAUAUUUCAGCAGUUACGGCGACUCGGGUAUCAGCUGGAGUCGGAGGCGCAAACGACGCCGUUGCGACCGUUCGGGGCGACCGGGAACAACGGAGUUGUCCCUCUUGGAAUUGUGCGCAAUGUCAACUGGUAUUAUCGCGUGAGCGCUCGGACAUUUACCGCGGACUUCCAUGUGGUGACCGUCGGGCAUCCCGAUGUCUUGAUCGGCGGGCCAUCGAUCGCAAGGUACAACUUGCUGGAACGCAGUCCGGAGAUUCCGAGGAUAAUUGAGCGGGAUUUGUCGCGGCCGCGACCUGGGAUUGUUAGCAACAAUGAAUGAGCUCGACAAAGUGGAGGUCGGAUCAUGGGAAUGGAGCGAUAUUCCAUGUCCCGCUGUCGGACAAAGCGUCUCAUAUUCCUGCCUGCGGCUGCCGCUCUAUCCAAGC